CUGGCAAUGUCGGGCUGUUUCCGCAUGCAGCUUUGGUCGCCCGGGCAUCAACACCGAGUCUUUUUUUUUUCACGAUUGACAUCAUCACCGCAUCCAUGAGUUGUGCGCAUGCAGCAGCCUGAUCCGCACGGUGCUCAAGAAUUGCCCGAACAGCUCGUCGUGACAUGCGAAACCACGCCGCCCGGGGCCACCUUACGAGCCUCGCCGCCGUCGCUACCGCAAAGGGCUGCCUGCCCAACGGCGUCUUCCCGGAUUGCUUCACUUUCUCGCUGGCACCUUCUUGCGUUGUCUGUGUCUCCAAGUGUUUCACCACCCUCGACGGCAGCAGCUCCGCAUGGGGCAUGCCAUUGUGUAACAAUCCCAUCUACGAUCCCCACCACCACCUCUCACCACCUCACCAUCCAUUCCGACACCUAGUCGCCCAUUUGGCUUUGCAUCCUCACCCCAUCUCACGUAAUGCGUUCGACUGCAUCCUAGGCACCAUCGCCAGCACCCCACCGGUCCUUUUUCCUAGUCGGCACGAUCCGAACAAUCCAUGCUAUUCGGCAAUUAUAUCGCGGCCCUUGUCAUUUUCUCGGCGCUACCUCUGCUUUUUAUCCUGGCACGCUUCUACUCAAAGCGAACGGGACUACUGCCCUGGACUAUUGACGAUACGUUUCUGGUGUUGGCCCUGCUCCUUCUCUACGUGGUUAUGGCAAUGUUUAUUGUUUGCGAGUCGCUCACGUCUGCGGUUCAUACUGCGUUGCUAAUGUGAUGAAGCAAUGGCUGCUAGUCUUGUCCGUGAACACAUGAUGCAUGCUGCCAUGGCGGACCUCAAGCGAACGCUGAUAAUUCUGUGGCUCUUCCGGCUUCCCCUAGCCAUCGGCAUGGCCUUUACUCGAUGCGCGAUCCUCAUCUUCCUCAUUCGGACCUUAUAUACUAGGACAUACAGCUGGUUGAGAUACGGUGGUACUGUCAAACCUUACACAUCCAUCAACAUCCGGUAUCCACAUGUUUAUUAAUCCGACCCACAGCUCACUUUUGUAUCAUCA